GAAGAGGGGGAAUGGGAUAUUUUUAAGAACAAGUGUUGUGAGGAGGAUUUAAUAGGACAAAAUGUGAAUUCAGGUAUUUAUAUUUGUGUUUAAAACCUGGAUCACGGGGGGUUGUUUGUUUUUUUCUUGGGAUUUUUGUGGGGGCUUUUUGUUUGUUUUGUUUUUAUUUUUAGUUAAUAGGAAAUGAUAGAAGUAGUCAGUAGGAAAUUAUAGAAAAUGACAAAAAUCUGCAGUUGUAAACUUGAUCACAGAGUGAAUAGACAUUAAAAAGGUGACUAUUUAAUCCUAGGAAAUAGAUAGAGAGAUUUCCAGGAGUGCAGUCAGGUGAAGGACCUGUUGCAGGGCUUUGGAGAGGCUGCAGACUGCAAAUUCUGUCUCUGAUUUUUCAGGUGAGUGGUCAAAAGGUGGGAUCACACAAAGGAGGGACACAAUUAGCACACGGGUAUUUUUAUAGGCUGGGAAAACCAGGCUUGUUUGAUUUGUGCCCUUAAAAUAAAAACAGAGUGAAGAUACAUUGUUUCUCUGAGGGUAAACUUGAGGGAAAGUAGAGAUUUAAAUCAGAGAACAAAUCUGGCAGUAAGAGAAAAUGGUCAUGGAUAAUCCUGGGAUGGAAACCAGAGGUUUCUGAUUGCUGCAGAGCAAUCCCAGGGCUUCCUUAAAAUUUGAAGAACCAGGAAACCUGCCUAAUUAUUAAAUGAUUCUGUAAGGGGGUUAUGGAGGUUGUCCAGAAUAGCCAAGAAUUCUUGAUUAUCCCACUUUUUUUUUUCUUUUUUUUUUCUUUUUUUUUUUUUUUUUUAACAUUUUAUUUCUAGAUUCUUUUUCCAAGCAAUGGAAAAGCAUCAGCAUAAGAAGCAGCCGUUGGCACCACACAGGAAGUGAGUAGGAGAAUCAUGUUUCCAUGUUGUUAUCCUGCUCCUGAUCUAUGUUAAUUCGUGCUUGCUGCCUUUGGGUUUAGAUCCAAGUGAUGAGCUCAGAUCCCAAUUUCACUUCUCACUUCAUUAACUCUUUUUGGGUCUGAAGUGACCUCUAAAUGUCACCUGCUGUCACCCCCUGCCUCAGCAGGGAUAUUCUGCACCUGGUCAGGUCUCUCACAGCCCUGUUCAGGCCUGCUGUGGUAUGAGCCUCUUUUUGGAGUCUGUACUAGAGGACUUUGAAAUUCAUAUUUGUUAUAUUUUAUCGAAGAACUUUGUCCUUUGAUUUUCUGCUAAAUAGCAACACUGUUUUCUUAAGAAAACCAUCUCAACCUAAGUUCUGUUUACUAUCAUCUCAGCCAUUUGACUUUAACACACAGUCCGAGCUGUGCCCAUUCUGGGGACGAAAGCGGCUGGGGGCUCCCCAAUCCCCAAAGCAGGCGCUGUGCCCUCAGCCCCUCCCUAGAGCCGGGAGCCCUCUGCGAGCAGCACCAGCGGCGGCUCCGAGGCCGGCGAGCCCGGAGCCGGGCCCGGGACGGGGUCUGCUCCUCUCCCCGCCGCCCGGCGCCGCUCUCCGCCCGCCCAGCUCCCAGCCGGAUGUCACUGCGGCGGGCGGGAGGCGAGGCCGGUGCGCUCCGCUGGCAGUCCAGAGCCCGGGCGGGCAGGUGGAGCUGAGACCCGCGAACGGAGCAUGGAAGAUUCACAGCCCGGGAUGGACCUCAGUAACCCUCAGGAACAGCCCAUAGCUGCAGAAGAACAUGAGGAUUUGACAGACUGUAACCUGAACAAAUCCCAGGAAAUGGAAAGCAUGGAGAAUGUGGAAGAUAUGAAGGAACACAAUCCGUCUAAUGAAGAAGCAGGAGAUGAUGUGAUUAAAGUGAAAGGUGAAUACAGUGAAAGAGAGGAGAGUGCUUUAAAUUCCGAGCCUAUGGAAAACCUGGAAGAAUCUGAACUGCCUUACGCAUAUCCCAGAGAAUAUAACGAAUAUGAAAGCAUUAAACUGGAAAGACACUCGGGUUCAUAUGACAACGUCAGGCCAGCUAGUGGAAAGAUGAAUUGUGAUAUCUGUGGAUUAGCCUGCAUUAGCCUCAAUGUCUUGAUGGUUCAUAAGCGUAGCCACACUGGUGAACGGCCAUUCCAGUGUAAUCAGUGCGGAGCUUCCUUUACUCAGAAGGGAAACCUCCUCCGCCACAUUAAACUACACACAGGGGAAAAACCUUUUAAGUGUCACCUGUGCAGUUAUGCCUGCCAAAGGAGGGAUGCGCUUACGGGUCACUUAAGGACACAUUCUGUGGAGAAGCCAUACAAAUGUGAGUUUUGUGGAAGGAGCUACAAGCAGAGGAGCUCGUUGGAGGAGCACAAGGAGCGGUGCCGGACUUACCUGCAGAACGCUGGCAUGUGUGAGGCUGCCAGCGUGGAGGCAAGGCACAUCAAGGCAGAGAUGGGGACUGAAAGAGCCCUUGUGCUGGACAGGCUAGCGAGCAACGUGGCAAAGAGAAAAAGCUCAAUGCCUCAGAAAUUUAUUGGUGAGAAGCGGCCCAGCUUCGAUGUCAAUUAUAACUCCAGUUUCCUGUACGAGAAGGAGAGCGAGAUGAUGCACGGGCGCAUGAUGGACCAGGCCAUCAACAACGCCAUCACCUACCUCGGGGCCGAGGCCCUGCGCCCGCUGGUGCAGCCCCAGCCGGCGCCCACGGCCGAGAUGGUGCCGGUCAUCAGCAGCCUGUACCCGCUGCCGCUGCCGCGCGCCGACGUCCCCAACGGCGCCGCGCUGGACGCCGACAAGAGCCACGGCCACCUCAGGGACAAGAGCCUGUCGUCCGACAGGGGCCUUUCCCCGAACAACAGCGGCCACGACUCCACAGACACUGACAGCAACCACGAGGAGAGGCCCAACCCCGCCUUCCACCAGAGCCAGGCGAUCUCGGCGCCGACCCGCAACGGCCUCCAGGCCCUGAAGGAUUUCCCGAGGCCGUACGACAUCAUCAAGCCGCCCGCCAUCUGCCCGCGCGACGCCUUCAAGGUCAUCAACAAGGACGGGGAGGCCAUCGGGGCGUACCGCUGCGACCACUGCCGCGUGCUCUUCCUGGAUUACGUCAUGUUCACCAUCCACAUGGGCUGCCACGGCUUCCGCGACCCCUUCGAGUGCAACGUCUGCGGCUACCGCAGCCACGACCGCUACGAGUUCUCCUCGCACAUAGCGCGGGGAGAGCACAGAGUCGUGCUCAAGUGAAAGGACCCGUUCUCCAAGGUCAAAGGCUGUGUUUUCCAUUGGUUGGUUGGGGUUUUAAUUAGUAUAAUGAAAUUUCUUGAGUAUUUUUCUAGGUCGGUUUGAAGUGUGUCACAAGGAGGUGACACCUUUUUAAAAUUUGUCUUUCCCGAUAAUUCAGUGUUCUGUAGCAUCUCUGCCUGGCUGCUGUGGUGAGUGGGACUGUGGGAAACACCAGGAGCAGAGACUGGUUUUGAUACGAACUUUAUUUUUGCGAAACUUCAGAGCCAUUUACGAUGUUUUCAAUUUUUAACUUGUGUUUGUUUUUAUAGAGUUUGCUUUAAGUCAGCACAAAAGGUUUUCAUGCCAAUUCCCCUGCUCAUGCAGAUGUAUAGUCAGAGGUGUGUUAGAGGAGCUUUUCCUUGUUAUAAUCCCGAUGGCCUCCCAGUGGCUCAUCACCAAAACAAGGAAAACGAGGGCAGGAAAAGGGAGGGAUUAUUAAUUCCUCCUAAAGAUUUUCCCCUAAACCCUAAUGAGAGUGUAACACACUUUCAUUUUUCUUACCCCACUGCUGACUUUCUUUAAGUUACUCACUAAGAGCAAAACGAGAAAUGAGACCUAUUUGGGGUCGGGAUUUUUUAACAGUAUAUAUUUUUGGGAUACCCAGUGAGGUCACUGGUUGGCUCAUCCAUGUGGCCUAGGGGAAAUCCCAAUUUUCAUUGUUGGAAACUCCUCCUUUCUGAUGGGUGCCGAGAACAAGGAUGAAGCUGUGCUGUGUAUUGUGCCUCUGCCUUGCUCCCACAGCAGGACAGGGUGGCCCUGGGUGGCUUUGGACAGGUGAGACCCCAGGCAGGUGUGUGAGAGCCACACCUGCACCAGGACAGCCCUGGGGAGGUGCUGCUCCACGCCCUGAGCAGGUGCCAUCCCUUUGAAGCCGAUUUUUACAACAGUUCUCUGAAUCUCCCCAUGGCCCCACAGCUGUGUCGGUGUCCCUGUGCUGGAGAGGAGUUUGGUAACGGCUUUGCUGAGUGGAGGUUUAGUCUUUGCAAAAUAUUUUUAUAUCCCAUAUUUAGGAGCGUUCUGAUGGACUUUCUGCACCCCUUGUGUGAUUUGAGAGCUGUGUUGCUUUUGUGUUAUCCCUGCUGAUCCAAUCACUCCCCUGAGGGAAGGGUGGAGAGUUGAGGAUCAAGAAAUCCUGAAGUUCAUCCCUUCCUCUGAAUUCUUUCGGCUCAAUUAUUUCCUCUCUGAACUUUAAGGCACAAAAUAAGAAAUUUAUAUUCAUUUUUUCCACUAAGGGUGAGUCUGGAGAGAGAUAAAUCAGUCUGCAGUGUGCCUGAGUAUCCAGAGCACUGUGGAAAUGCUAAUCCAGGAUCCUGCUAUCCCUAGGGUUGAGGAGAAGCCUUUUGUUGUUGUGUGUGGAGCUGCAAAGCAGAUUUAGGAUGUUUCCCACCAUGAGAAAGGUGCAUGUUUGCUCUCCCUGAGUGAACAAUGUGACCAAUGCUCCUCCUGUGAGGGAGGCUGCAGUUCCACCGAGGAGCAGCCCCAAGGGCCAAGGUUUUGUGUCCAUAAAAGAGAGGGAAAGGAAGGGCAAGGGAGUGAGAAAAUUGCCAGAGGAAAAAGAGAAGGUUCCACUGCUGCUCUGACAUUUUGAAGUCCGACAUUUUUAGGACAUUGUGGUUGUGGUUGUCUUUAUCAGUUUCCAAUUUUGUGACAAGCUUGCUUUUCAAUGGCUUAGUUUUCAAGACCAAAGAAUUGUCAAUAAAUGAAUAAAAUAUUUAAAUAAUGACGAUGUCCUGACUUGAGGGCAGGCAAAGGCAGGUUAUCAAAGGAAUCUGC